AGUGGUUGUCCCUGCUCCAGGGCGCCCGCGAAACCCCGGCCUACCCCGCACGGGCGGAGUUAGGCAGGCUGAUGCGGUGCCGAUCGGGUGGUCAUGGCGGUAUUUCACGACGAGGUGGAGAUCGAGGACUUUCAAUACGACGAGGACUCGGAGACGUAUUUCUACCCCUGCCCCUGUGGGGAUAACUUCGCCAUCACCAAGGAAGAUCUGGAGAAUGGAGAAGAUGUGGCAACGUGUCCUAGCUGCUCUCUCAUUAUAAAAGUGAUUUAUGACAAAGAUCAGUUUAUGUGCGGAGAAACAGUCCCAGCACCUUCAACCAACAAAGAGCUAGUAAAAUGUUGAAGAAGCCCUCAGGGAUCCAAAUCCUGAAGAGCCCAGGUGGAUGGAUGAGUGCAGUGACCUACCUCUUCCAUGGCUUGCUCUUCUAUGGGUAUGGAUAUUCACCAGCCACUGAAUUCACCUGGAAAAAGUGAGCCUGUGACAUACCAGGCCUGGAUUUCAUGCUUGCAUGGCAUUGGAAGGAUUCCUAAUUGUCCAUCUGAAUUUAAGGAAGAGCCUUAUAAACUGGUGCCUCUUCUUUCCCUUGGUUGCAUCAUUUGAAUAUCUUAAAACUAACUCAUUUUUUGAAAACAACAUCAUCCACCUCAAUCCUGGGGGUCCUUAUUUUGUUUUAAAGAUUUGUUAUUUCUAAUUAUGUGUAUGUAUACAUUUGUGUGUGGGUCUGUGCAUGUAAGUACAAUUGCCCAAGAAGGCCAGAGACACUGGAUCCUGUGGAACAGGAGUCACAGGGAAGCCACCAGAUAUGGGUGCUGGGACUCACAGUUGGUCCUCUGAAGCAUUAGGAGUUUCUAACCUCUGGACCAUCUCUCCAGCAGCCUGUGAUGGGAGCUUUUAAAAGAAUACAUUUUGCUGGGCAGUGAUGGUGCAUGCUUUUAAUCCCAGCACAUGGGAGGAAGAAGCUGCUUGGUGUAGAGAGUGAGUUUCUGGACAGCCAGGGCUACACAGAGAAACCUGUCUCAAAAAAAAAGUAAAUAAAUAAAUAAAUGCAUAGACAAAUGAAUAAA